AAAAACAAAAAAUUUUUGUAUCUUAGAAACUGUGAAAUUUCAAUUAUGUUUCUGCCUGCCAACUUCCAUUGUGUGCUCUGUUUUCUCUAGCAAUCUGCCUCUGUGCUUUUUUUCCUGCUCUCAAACUACACUCUCUUAGAAGUUGCUUCCAAGUUCCGUUGUUUUGUGCUCUCAAACUACACUCCCUUUUUUUUUCUUUCUGCUCCUAAACUAGAAUCUCUGAGUUUUCAAGGGUUAACUAGAAUUCCCUAUUUUAAAAGUUUCGAAAAAACAAAUAAAACGGAGGUUGCUGUCGUUCUUUUGGCUUCUUCGAUCUCAUUUUGAAUUUAUUUUCCCCCUUAUCUUGAAAGAAGAAGGAGAAGAAGAAGAAGAAAAGAAGAUCUUAGCUGCAUCUGAUCCUGAGGCUGUUGGAAAGGGUGGAGCGAGCAGUGCUUAGCUUUUUUGGAAGAUACUAAAGUCAUUAAAGAUAUUGGAUCCUUGAAGGUUUGUUUCCUUAGAUCUCCUUCAUCAGUUUUCUCCUACAAGGAGCUAGCCAUGGCAGAGGUGGUAGCUGGAGCAUUUCUCUCCAGCAUGUUCCAGUUUUUGUUUGAUAAGAUGGAUUCUCCCGAUAUUGUUGCCUUCUUCAAGGCCCACAAACUCGACUCUGUACUGGUGAGGAAGUUGAAGAUUGCUAUGAUCACUGUUACUGGAUUGCUUGAUCACGCUGAGGAGAAGCAAAUUGUUGUGCCUGCUGUGAAGAAGUGGCUUGAUGAGCUCAAAGAUGUGGCCUUUGAGGCCGAUGACUUGUUGGAUGAGAUUUCUUACGAAGCUCUUCGGUUGGAGUUGGAAGCUGAAUCUCGGAUUAAAAAGGUGAGCAGGCUUUUCUCUUCUCAUAAUCAAUUUGAAAUGGCAGUCAAUGAAAAAUUAGACAAGAUCCUUGAGCUAGUUGAAUAUUUAAUAAGACAGAUGAAAGCCUUGGGUCUAACACUGAGAGAGGGGAUUGGAGAUAAACCAUCAUCUCAGAGAACACCAACUAGUUCAAUACCAGAUGAUGCAUCUAGUAUUUGCGGCAGGGAAGAUGACAGAAAAAAAAUCAGAGAGUCCUUGCUAUCUGAUGGCCAUGGCGUUGGUGUGAUUUGCAUAGUUGGGAGUGGCGGCAUGGGCAAAACCACCCUCGCUCAACUUGUCUACAAUGACAAAAAAGUACAUGGACACUUUGAUAUCAAAGCAUGGGUCUAUGUCUCAGAAGAAUUCAAUGUCUUCAAGAUAACAAAAGAUAUUUUUAGCCAGGUGUCUUCCAAGACUAGUAAGGCCAACGUUUUGGGUGAGCUUCAAGAAGAACUGAAGCAAGAAUUAGAGGGAAAAAUAACUGAUACUUGUGGUAAGAUCUCUUCAGAGCAUGGUAAGGUUGAGGAUAUCAAUGAGCAUCAACAAAAGCGAAAGCAGCCAAAAAAAUUGUUGCUCAUCUUGGAUGAUGUCUGGAGUGAUAAGGAUAAUGAAUGGGAAAGUUUACUAAAGCCUUUGAAGUUUGGGGCACCAAGAAGUAAGAUUGUUGUUACAACUCGAAUUGAAAGCGUAAAAUCAGCUAUACAUAAUAACCAGAUGAUCAUUCACCUAAGUCAUCUUUUGGAGAAAUUAUGUGAUGGUGAUUGCUGGUCCAUGCUUGCAAGAUAUGCAUUUCAUAAUGGAAUUUCCAAUUCAUCACAUUCAGAUUUUGAAGCUAUUGGUAAGGAAAUAGCCAAAAAGUGUGGCGGUCUACCAUUAGCGGUGAAAACAAUUGGGGGUCUCCUUCGAUCCAAGAGAAAUGUUGAGGAAUGGAAGAAGAUAUCACAAAGCAAUAUGUGGAAUUUAUUGAGUGACAAUAUCGUUCCAGCUUUAAAAUUGAGUUAUCAUUAUCUCCCAUCGCAUCUAAAGCAGUGUUUUGCCUAUUGUGGAAUAUUUCCAAAGGGUUAUGAAUUUUACAAAGAGGAUUUGGUCCGUUUAUGGAUGGCAGAGGGUUUUAUAGUACAAGACAAAGAUGGUAAUGAUAGUACAGUUGUGGGUGAUGGAUAUUUUAAUGAUCUUGUGUCAAGAUCUUUCUUUCAGAUGUCUGGUGUCUCUCAGAAAUGCUUCGUUAUGCAUGACCACAUGCAUGACUUAGCUAGAUCAAUAUCUGGAGAAUUCGGUUUUAUAUUGGAGGAUAAAAAUUUAUUUGACAAGGUUCCCAUAAAGACUCGAUAUUUAUAUGUUAAAGGUUCUUCAUGUGGCUAUGGUAACUUUGUCAAUGAAGGCCAACUUUUACGCACCUUCUUUUCAGAUGAAUGCUUUAAUGGAAGUUGCGAGGUCAUGCAUUCUUUAUUGCCAAAACUCAAGCACAUAAGAGUGUUGUCGUUGUGUAAGUACUGGGAAACAAAGUUACCUAAUUCAAUUAGUAAUUUGAAGCAUUUACGAUACUUGAAUCUCCGCAGAGCAUGGAUCAGAAAGUUGCCCCAAUCUGUGAGUAGUUUGUAUAAUUUGCAAACUUUGAUUUUGCGUGAUUGCAAAUAUCUCAUUGAGCUACCUACCAACAUGGCAAAGUUAAUCAACUUGAAUUUUCUUGACAUAAGAGGAACAAAUUUGCAAGGAAUGCCACCGCAUAUGGGUAAUCUAAAGAAGCUACAAACGUUGACAAAUUUUGUUUUAAGAAAAUCAAUCAGAUCGGGUAUUGAAGAGUUAGGAAAGCUUCAACAUAUAAAGGGAGAGCUUAGCAUUGAGAAUCUACAAAAUGUUAGCCCUGAUGAUGAUUUGGAAUCCAUUCGGUGGGUUAAUAAUGAGAACCUUAAGAAAUUGGAGUUCAAAUGGAGUGGUGAAAGCAAGGAUUCAGAACACGCAAGAAUUGUACUAGACAAAUUGAGACCUCAUGAGAAGGUGGAAAAUCUUUGCAUGGUGGGUUAUGAGGGUACAAAAUUUCCAGAGUGGGUAGGUGUCCCUUCGUCAUCCUUAUCAAAUUUAGUAUGCCUGAAGCUCAGUGAAUGCUACAACUGCUCUUGUUUGCCUCCGCUUGGGCAGUUAGCAUCUCUAAAGGACCUCUCGAUCACAGGAUUUACAAAGCUUGUGUCUGCGGGGCUUGAGUUCUAUGGAAGUUUUCGAUCACAAAUGAAGCCAUUUAAAUCCCUCACAAUCCUGAGGUUUGGAAGGAUGGGACAGUGGGAGGAGUGGAAACAAGAAGAUGGAGCUUUCCCACUCCUCGAAGAGCUUUAUGUAGAAGAGUGCCCCAAACUAAUAAAAGCCCUGCCCACUCACUUAACUUGUUUAAAAAAGCUUGAAGUUAUGGGAUGUAAAAAGCUGCUUGUGCCUUUACUUCGAAUGCCUUCUACCAUUCUUGAUGUAAUGAUAACGAAUGGUUUUGAUGAUAAAGCGAUGUUAGAGAAAUUGCCCUCUGGAAUGCAUCGUUUAGAAAUUUCGGGGUCAGACUUGGUAAAUUCACUAUUUGAAGGAAUAGAGGAAGUGGAUAGUCUUAUCUCUGCUUUAGAAGAAAUCGAAUUGUCUCUAUGUGCAAUCAAGUGCUUUCCAUUGGAGUUUUUCCCCAUUCUAAAGAGACUUCACAUCAAUCAGUGUUCAUAUUUAAAAUCCCUCUCUGCAACUGAGGAAAUUCAAGGAGAAAGUAGUUCUUGUCAUAAUUUGACUGAGCUUUCUUUAUUCGAGUGCUCAAAUUUGAAGGCUUUGCCUGAAUGUAUAUGCUCUCAUCCUUCCCUUGUGAAAUUGGAAAUUAUAAAUUGUAGAGAACUUGAGUUAUUUCCAAAAGGGAGUUUGCCAUCCAAAUUAGAAUAUGUUGACAUCAGUUAUUGUGAGAAACUCAAAAUCAAAGUCAUUAGUAGUAAAUAUGAAGGAGAAAAGGAAACGCUUCUGCUGCCCUCCGCUGUCACCUGUCUUAAAAUCGAUACCCUUCAAAAUUUGGAAUCUCUCAACUAUAAGGGGCUGAUACACCUUAGAAGGUUAAACAUCUGGAACUGCACUAACCUCCAGUUCAUGCCAGAAUGUAUGCAAGCGCUCCUCCCUGCCCUUGUGGAAUUGGAAAUAUAUUAUUGUCCGAAACUCAAAUUCAAAGUCAUUGCAUCUGGCAACGGCAGUAAUUACGAAGAAGAGGAAACACUGCUGCUGCCGACCUCCACUCUCAGCUGUCUUACAAUCCAACUCCUUCAAAAUCUGGAAUCUCUUGACUAUGAGGGGCUUAUGAAACUUAGAAAGUUGCGCAUCUGGGACUGCCCUAACCUCCAGUCCAUGCCAGAAAGCAUGCAAACGCUCCUCCCUUUCCUUGUGGAAUUGAAAAUAGGCAAUUGUCCAAAACUUGAGCCAUUUGUAAAAGGAGGUUUGCCUUCUCGAUUAGAAUCACUCGGUAUCAAUUGCUGCAAAGGGGCAAUUGUGGGGCUCAUGAAACGCGAUUUCCGGGCGCUGCCAGACAAUGAAGUGGAAUCCAUACCAGAAGAGACGCUGCUGCCUUCCUCUCUUACCACUCGUCAAAUCCAGUGUUUUCCCAAUCUCUAUUAUCUAGAGCUUCAGCACCUCACCUCUCUAGAAAGAUUGAUUAUCCUAGACUGUCCUAAUCUCCAGUGCAUAGAAGGUGACAGACUGUCCUCUCUUUCUUGUUAUGUUAGCGAUGGUGCUUUCUGAGUUGGCAGUGAAUGUGAAGGCCUAUAUUUUCGCUAACAUGAUCAGGAAAGCAAAAAGAUGUUGAAGACAAUGGAAAUGGAGAAUAUUGAAGCAAUGAACUUGAUUUGGUGCAUAUAGCUAUGAUGCUUGUUGCGGGAUCCUGUUGCUGUAUUUGUAGCUCUGGAUGUGUGCAGCCGCAUGUUGCUCUGCUGCUGGCUGGGUUGGCAUUGAUUGGUUACGCAAUUCUUUGAGUAUUUUGCUGCUGAUUGUUGUUGCUUCCUGGGUGGUUUUGUGGCUGGUUUUUGUACUGUGAUAUAAAAUUUGCGUCAUCCAAUAGAUCACACAUUUAUCUCAUGCAUGCAUGUGAUAUAAAUCCUUUGGCUGUUAUAAUAACAUAUUACUGUUAUAUUAUUGACUUAAUAAUUUAUAUUUUUUUU